AUGUCAACUUCGUGCCGCCGCCGCUUGAUUCGCGACUUUAAGCGUCUCUCGUCCGAUCCUCCAGAUGGUAUCUCUGGUGCGCCAUGCCCCGACAACAUUAUGCUUUGGAACGCGGUAAUCUUCGGGCCAGCCGAUACGCCCUUUGAGGAUGGGACGUUCAAACUGAUAUUGACAUUUGACGAAUCGUAUCCCAACAAACCUCCCCAAGUUAAAUUCUUGUCUAAAAUGUUUCACCCGAACGUAUACGCGAACGGAGAGCUCUGUUUGGAUAUUUUGCAGAAUCGGUGGUCACCUACGUAUGAUGUGGCCGCUAUUCUUACAUCAAUUCAGAGUCUACUACACGACCCAAAUCCUAAUAGUCCUGCCAACGCUGAGGCCGCAGCGCUCUAUCGCGAAAAUAUGAAAGAAUAUGUACGGCGCGUAAAAACGACGGUAGAGGAAAGUUGGAUGGAUCCAGGUGACCUGACUGGGGAAACCGCUCCCGAGUCAUCUUCAUAG